UGAGUGCGGAUAACCCAAACGUCAGUGAGGCGUUAAAGUGCAAUUUCAAACAUUAAUCAUACAUCAAGACGAGCUUGACGAGGCGACAGCAACAACGCGAGUCAUUAUUAACAACAGUUGGCAUUAGAGUUAGCGGGCGUAAAACAGACUCCAAAGAAUUACGACUUUAUUCACACAAUAACAGAAAAUAAAAUAAAAAAAAAAAGUUUAAAAGAAAAUGGGGGAAAUCGCAGCAAUAGCUUAUAAAUAAAGAAUUAAAUAUUUUGUUAAAAAAUAAAUUUAAAGAAAGCAUUGCAUUGCAUGCAAUGCCUUUGCAUUUACAUUUCAAAUUCAAUUCACGCAUCAAGUGCAUCUUAAAAGUGGGUCUUCACUGCAAUUCCACUUCACCAAACCACUUAAGAGAUGAAGGAGCGCAAAUCGCUUUUAAGUUUCCCAAAACAAUUAAAGAAAAUGCUUUCAAUGUCGUGAUAUGAGACUGUGAACAAAACGGAUCGAAGCAGCUACUGAAAAUCCAUAAAAACCAAAUAAAACUUUAUCGAAAAGUUGUGUGAAAUUGUAACAAAACAAUACUCGCAUUGUUUUGCACUUUAGUUGUGUGCUGAGAGAGUGAGUGAGUGAGUGUUGUUGGCAUUGGCUUUGGCUUCGGCUUUUCAAGCGAUGAUUAUUGCGGCCAGCCACGAUCAACGAAGCAAAGCGUUAAAAACAUCUUAAAAUAAAAUAUUUGAACUAAAACUAGAGAUCGCUACAAACACACACAUAGUGCUUAUAAAUAAUCGUGGUAUCAUGUACUUUUACUAUUAAUUAACUAGAAAAAAUAUUUAUUGAAAAUAGAAACAACAACCGCAAAGCGCCAAUUAUACCCAGGGGAGAGUGAAGGUGCUACAUUUUAGCUGUGCUAAAGCCUAAAGUGAAAAAAGUGAAAUUUUUUUGUUGCCAUACUUAAAGUUUCAACAGCGUAUUCAUCAUGAAAUAGAAAACCAUAGUGGAUGUUUUACAACUAGCUGCUCAGGAAACAUACAUCAAAGAGUGUAUUCCGCUGGGCAACUGAGAUUGUAUUUCACCUUUGUGAGAUUACGCUACGCUUGCUGAGAUUAUUUUCGUGUCUCCACAGCUUUAAUUUACCAUCAACAACAACAAUAAAAACAGCAAAAUUGUAUCCCCCAUGAACAAGCAAAAAACGAAAUUAUGAAACCGACUGACAUUCUAGACGUGCUGUGCUAAUAACGGAGGCGAACGAAAUGCUGCCUACUAUAAUGAUGAUCAUGGUUAAGAUUACAAUGUACGUAACGACGAGUCACACUUUGAAUACCCGCAGAAUAAAAGCAACAACGCAAGUUCAAUAAAAUUCCCAACGAACAACAGAGUGUAGAGAGGAGUUAUAAACAAAACCUUUUUUUUUUUUUUUUUUUUGCUGGCCUACCAUACCGGGAGCAGCAGCAGAAUAUACAGCCCACUUGAGUUUUAUUGCUACUCCUAGAGCUGCUGGCGGUUGAAACUCAUCAGAUUGCUGAUCAUUUAACUCUACUCUCACUCUCAUUCUGGAUGGUGGCGCUGUACUCUCUUCAAAUCAACUGACACCUAGUGUGGUCUCUAUUUUGAGGGGGGUUCUGUUGGGAAUAUAUGUUCACGUUUUUAAUGUAAAUAAUUUCAGUCCAACGACAACAAACGACCCUGCGACAACGACAACUAACGAGAUUGCGCAUAACUGCUAUUGGGCAUAAAGCGUAAAACGGCAACUAGAAUAACAAAGAAAAUAACGCUUCACUGAGUGCGGAAAGCUUUGGGAGACAUCAAUGGUUUUAGAAUAGUACAAAUCAUUGUUAAAUGCCGGUGAAUUCUUAGUGAAUGUGGCGUUUAACUCCCGUAUAAACGAACUCUGAAAAUUGCUUAGAACUCUAUUCGGUACUACCAAAACCUCGUGAAGGCCAAGCGAGAAGUCAAGCAGUGGAAUAUUGAAAAAUUUAAAACUAAUCGACGGACAAAUAAAAUUGAAACUUUUGUCAAUGACUAAUAAUUAAAAGGUAUAUUUUGUCCAAAAACAAACAAAAUAUUGCUUGAAACUACAGUGAAGACAUGUUCAAAGUGCCUUGCAAUAAAAAAUAAAAAAAGAUAUUUUCAUUCCAACUAAUCGAAAAUAAUUAAAAACGAUCAUUAAACUAAAUACCAAAAACAAAUUUUUUAAAAUAGAAAGCAAGUUGGGUAGAAUUAUAAAACAUUCUAUUAAAAUAAAGAGAAAAAACACUAAACAAGUUGACUAACAGAAAACCCAGCCUUUUAAAGUCAAAAAAUAUUAAAAAAAAAUAAACAUUGUAUUGCAAUAAGCAAAACGGCAAUUAUCAAAAAAGAAUCUGAAUGAUACGAAUACUAAGUUGGUGACUUAAACAGAAGAAACAUUUUAAUAUUUAUCUAACAAUGGUGAACAUUUAAAAGACACAAAUCCAAAGGACUAUAAAAUAUCAAAACCCGUGAUCGAAUAAUCACUAAAGGCAAAGCAAACCCCUGUGAGUUAAAGCGAAAAAACGCAGUUAGGCGGAAAUUCAACAGGCAACAAAACCAACAACAAAGCAUUGUACUACAGGAAUUUUUAAUAGGAAGCAAUCGGAAUAAACGUAAAAUAAUCUCAAAAAUUAAUAACAGAACAAAGCUUGCUGGAGAGCUGAAGAAGACUUUAAGACUCUAAGCAAUACAGUGAACAAACUUUUGCAACCGUGUUUCAAAAGAGAGAGAGAGAGAGAGAGAGAGAGAGAGAGAGAGAGAGAGAUUUUUUAAGUGCCACACCAAUUCUUUGAGGAAGAAUCGUUCAUAUUUCAUUCCUUGGGCAACUAUAAAAGGCAACAAUCAGCCAACUUUUUUCAAUUGGGAAAACUCAACAUAAAUACACUUCGAAAAGGGGGAGAGAGGCAUCUUAGAGCUUCUUGCAUAAAGAAAAUAACUGUUAACAUCAAUUAAAAAAGAUUCAAAGGCGAAAUCUUUUAGAACACAAAACAGAGUACUGCAAGACCAUCGAGAGAACAGAAAGAAAAACACCUCUUAUCCGCCACCACUCAAUUAAAAAAGAUUCAAAGGCGAAAUCUUUUAGAACACAAAACAGAGUACUGCAAGACCAUCGAGAGAACAGAAAGACAAACACCUCUUAUCCGCCACCACUCACUAAUGAGCGCGUGCUAACAUUGCAAACGAAAGACACCUUCAAUUAUUUUCAAAAGACUACCGGCUACACUACAUCUUCAAGUUCACCUAUUCAUCCCGCUGAAAAUGUCAACCUGCAGUUCACCUCGACCUGAUACCACUCAAUUGGUGGAAAAUCGCAAACUUUUGCAUCGCCUAAUUCUGGAUCUGCUGAUCAUCAUACUGCUGCUCAUACCCGUAGUUCUGUGUGAGUUUGUUAUUGAACCUUUUCGCCGUGGCUUCUUCUGUGACGAUGAAACUAUACGUUAUCCCUACAAAGACAAUACCGUUACUCCUGUCAUCUUGGGGGUGUUACUUAGUGUACCCCCUUUAAUUGUAUUAGCCAUAGGUGAAUACGCUCGCCAAUAUAAAAAGGGGGCAGUAAGCUCCAGGCGCUAUCUGUGGGGUUGCCAGAUACCCAUAUGGUGGACAAAUCUCUUUCGACAAUUUGUUUACUUCUGUUUUGGCCUUCUGUUAACUUUUGACGCCACCGAGGUGGGUAAAUAUACCAUAGGACGUUUGCGGCCGCAUUUUAUGGAGGUGUGUCAACCCCAAUUUGCCGAUGGCUCCACCUGCAGAGACAGCUUCAAUCAACAUCGUUAUGUGGAGAACUACUUUUGUUUGGGCACUGGCUAUACAGCGGCUGAUGUGAGGCAGGCUCGCCUUUCCUUUCCCAGUGGCCACUCCAGUUUGGUGUUCUAUGCCAUGCUCUACAUAUCCAUGUAUUUGCAAAAACGCAUGCACUGGAGACGUUCAGAUUUGACGCGUCAUUUUAUACAAUUCACUUUGGUCAUGAUCGCCUGGUUCACCGCUUUGACAAGGGUAAUGGAUAAUUGGCAUCAUUGGUCCGAUGUUUUGUGUGGCUCCAUCAUAGGCGUCAUGGGCGCCUUAAUAACGGCAAAUUAUAUUAGCAAACUCUUCAAGAAAUCCCAUGCUGAUUUGAGCUCCCUUAGAAUAAGUGGUGGCUUGAUACGCCAGGAUACCUCGGCCACUUUAAAUGAGGUGCUGGCCAAUACACCUCCCCCCUACACGAUAGAAAGUCAAGCGGCAGCCACAGCUUUUACAAAUGAGCAAUAUUGUACCAAAGUUUGAAAGCUUAAGCUAAAACAUUGCUGUAAAUAUUUGUUUAAUGUUACAAAUUGUACAUUUAGUCUAUGCUAUUUCAUUAAAAAAUAAAUUAAGUUUUACCUUGUAACACAAAAACUACCACAAAAACAACAACAAAUCCAAAUGUCUCAUAGUAUUAUU